AUGGACAUCCACUCUUCCAAGGAAAGUAAACCAACACUAGCCAAGUCGGCAGAGCCCACGCCUUUGCAGAUCAAGCCAGAUGGAGCUAGUCUAACAGGCCUCAAUGCAAACAAUUUUCCCAAGCUGGAAUUCUUACACAUGAAGGAUCAUCAGAAAGUCCUAGUAUCUAUCGAGCAUUACAUCCUCAAGACCAUCGGCAAAUACUACAGCACGAUCGCGGAUAAACACGACUUUGCUGCCGAGCUACUACAGGCACGAGUCCAGCCCACAGGUUGGGCAUCUGGACAAGAAGUCCUUGAUUGCUACUACGCAGUCCUUAAUGCACCGCAACGAUCAAACAUCGAGACUUGA